CUAGCUCUCUCUCUCACUCAUUUCUCCACCCCUCUCAAUUUUCUCCUUUUCACUCUCCCUCUCUCUCCUCCCCCAGCUCUCUGGCACCAAUAACAAGAGGAAGAUCAGCAGUGGCUGCAGCGGACGGACGGAGUGUUCUGCAUGCAGAGGACAGACCUGCACCCAGCCUGCAGCACAGAAACACAGAGAGACCGACAUGGAGAGUAUUUUAGUGGAUGCCAUGGUUUCUUCUGCCCUUUUACGUGAGAGAUCUAACAGCACUGGGCUCUGCUUGUACUUGGUUUGAUCCAGAGGAGUCCCUUUGGGAAAGGAUCCAAAAGGUUUUUACUGUACUAAAACAUGGGCUGAUACUUUUAUUGUGGUUGACAUUCAAAGGUCCGAAUUCCCAUCUUUGAUAGGACUCCAUACCGAGGGAAGAGACUAUGUGCAGGGUGUCUAUUUUCACCUGGGUUUUGCAGGUACAAUGUCCUAAAAGUGGUCUGGCGGUGCCUAUAUUCCCACUCUCACUAUGACGAUUCGGUGUGCCCUCUGGUUGCAACAAUUGUGGGUCUUUAGACUUUUCCUGCUGUGGGUGGCAGUGACAAGAUUAGGAGCAUCUCCACUUAACUGUCAGAGUAACUGUGUUUGUGCCAGUGACAUUAUCAGCUGUGCUAAGAAGGAAUUGACAAUUGUGCCUAGUGGUCUUCCCAGCUACACUGCAAUGUUGGACUUAAGUCACAAUAACAUACAUCGCCUGCGGGCAGAGUGGACUCCAUUACCUCUAAAGAGGUUACACACACUGCUGCUUUCCCACAAUUCUAUUACCUCUGUAUCUGCUGAUGCUUUCUCCUUAACCCCCAACCUACGUCACCUAGAUUUGUCCAACAACAAGCUGCAUUCACUGGAGGAGAAUGUUUUCAGCGCCUUAGAACAGCUGGAGGUGCUUCUUCUCUUCAAGAAUGCAAUUACAAAUAUUGAUCGUAGUGCUUUUGAUGAAGUGAGCCUCUUGCAGAAACUCUACCUGAGCCAAAACCGCUUGACACGUUUUCCUUUGGAGUUGGUAAGGGACGGGGAGAAAUUGCCAGAGUUAGCACUCCUUGACAUCUCAUACAAUGAGAUCAAGAACCUACCAUCGUCACAGCUCCGUGCAUUACCUGCCCGGAUAAGCAAUGGGCUGUACUUACAUGGUAAUCCUCUGACUUGUGACUGUGAACUUUAUGGACUGUUUUGGAAUUGGCAUGUCCGAAAACUUUCUUCUGCGAUAGAUUUCCGAGAUGAGUUGAAAUGCAGACUUAUCGCUCAAAACAAGGUUAACUUAAUCAGUCUUUUCGCUCUUAAUAGUAGUGAGGGGCUCAACUGCAGCGUGGUGCGAGAGGCUGGUAUGGAGGCGUAUCUAGGGCAGACAGUUAUUCUGAACUGUGACACCAAACAAAGAGGUAUGACCCAGGUGUGGGUUACUCCUGGUAAUGAGUCAGUAGAGACUGAACCUGGUGAGCGUUCAAGUAACCGCAGUAGUGUAUCAGUUCUAAGCAAUGGUAGUCUGCAGAUACAACCUAUCCGUUUGGAAGACACAGGGACAUACACAUGCUACGCACAUAGCAAGUUGCUGAAUGAGACUUUGUACGUGACACUUAAUGUGUUUAACUUCACACAGCAUGUGCACCAGGAGACCCUAAACACAGCAUAUACCACGCUGGUGGGAUGUGUGGCUAGUGUCAUCCUUGUACUGAUAUAUCUUUAUCUUACACCAUGUCGCUGUUGGUGCAGACCAGGAGAUAGAGGGCAAGGAGAAGACAGAGAGAGCAUCCGCUCCUCAGUGCUUAGUGCCACUCCCAACCAUGAAACCACUAGUGACAAGGCAGCUCUUAGUAGACAUGUGGCCUUUCUAGAACCUCCUGGAGAUCUGCGAGGCCAAAAUGGCAAGCUGAAGCCUAAUGGUUCACAGGAAGUACCUGGGAUAAAGGGCUCAGCAUUUCAGCCAUCCUCACCUCACCGGAAGCUCUCAGACCCAGGAUCCAUAAGUUCAGUAUUCUCCGACACUCCUAUCGUAGUGUAAGCAACAAAAACUCACAGCAGAGGAAUUAGUCUGAAAUGUGCUCAUUACAGUGGUUUAACUCUCUCACCACCGUGAGUUCCCCAGACUCGCAGCAUGUGCAUGUCGGAUUGAAGCUCAAGAAGCUAAUUAGAGAAUGGGACAUACAGCAAAUAAAGAGUAAAGACAAAGUAGACGUAAAAUGCAAUUGGAAACAGUGGGAGUGAGCAAGAGAUAAUGCAGCAUCCAAACUGUGAGAUGGGAAUAAGCUUAAAGGCUGAGUGUGGGAAAUAACUGGAGAGGACGUUUGAAAGGUCAGAGAUAAUGCAAUCAUAUCAUUAUCAAUCACAUUUACAUUAGCUUUGCUGCAAAUGUGAUAUAAUUCAACACUAAGUGUCUCUUGUGGACCUAAGUGCAUAGCAGAAUCCAACAUUUAUUGAUGGCAACACCUCUUAACACGAGAUGCCCCAUCUUUCCCAUCCAUGCCUUUUAAUUGAUUUUAAAAAGCAUGUGUCAGCAUCUUGCAGUUAUGUCUAAUGUACUUUAAUCCCCAUAUGCUCAAAUUACGGUGAAAUAAUUACAUCCAAUAACACAAGCUGGCCAAGGUAGACAACAACAUACUACUGUUUUUUUCCUCUUCAUUUAUCCUCUUAUGGUUCCCAUUUCCCAUCCUGUUAGUCUGCAGACAAUGGUGCACUACAGACACCUUAUAUUAACAUCCGUGACUGCCACGUCCCCUCCAGCAUUAGCUCUGAUCUCUCCUCUUACAUUGAAUAUAAUCAGAUCCCUUUUCAAGGCAAGCUAUGGCCAGAUUAAAACAGACCUGCCACUCGAGAUGUGCCAGCCUAUAUAACUCUCAAAGCACAAUUUUUCCAUCUUCAGGGUUUCCACUAUGGGAAACCACAGAAAACAAUGGUUACAUUUCAGACUGCCAGAUAUAACAUAAAGUAGUUUUUUAGUCUAAAACAUCUCUGUAGAUUGUGUUUUGCUGUAGGCGGUAGCAAAUUAGAUCUUUGAUGUCUAUACGUCCACACAUAUAUGCGUAUAUGAGCCUUACACAGUUAGAACUGGAAUGCCACGCAAGUUGACAAGAAACCUUGUUGGGUGGGUUGGUCAAGUCAUUGUUGGAAGAAACGGAUAGGGAAUGAGAAGAAGAGAAUAGAGAAAACUGUGAAAUUGUGUAAAAAGGGUUUGAAUAAGCCAUCUCAUAGAAACCUGUAUUAGUAAUAACUAUAUUUAAAGAUACGCUCAAUUGCACAACUUGUUUAGAUCUUUGUGAUAAUAUAGAAAUGUCCAGACUCAUGAUGGAAGCUUUGUUCCAAAAGGUGGUAUAACUUGUAUUUCACCUUGCUUUAGGUUUUACAUAUCAUUUUAUGAUUGGAGACAGGCCAUGAAACCUUUCCCUUGUUUUCCUUCCUUCUAUUGUACCCGCUGCCAAUCCCCGUUUCGUUACUCUUGUCUUAUGUCUUCUCUUAUGUGCAGCUGAGCUCUGCUCCCUGUAAAGGCUAUACAUACAAAACAUAUAAAUAUAUAAAUAUAGAUAUUAUUUUAUUUAUUGAA